UUUGUCACUGUCCACGGAAACGACUUGAGAUUCUUUCAGUGGCAUUUUGCAGCCUGGAUGCAAUUGGAAAUUUCAGGUUCCCAAAGGAAGAGAAACUGUGUGGUUAGAAUUCAAAAAGGAAGAAAAAAAGAAGUGAAAAGGGAUUUUAAUAUGGAUUUAGAGCUCAAGGAGUAUGAUAACAAGACUCUGAUUGCGGAGAACAGCACUGGUGCUGCUCGGAAUUCUGAUUUCCCAGUCUGGGAUGACUACAGAAGCAGUGUCGAUGACUUCCAGUACUUUCUCAUUGGGCUCUAUACAUUUGUAAGUCUCCUUGGCUUUAUGGGAAAUCUCCUGAUUUUGAUGGCGGUGAUGAAAAAGCGCAGCCAGAAGACGACUGUCAACUUUCUCAUAGGAAACUUAGCCUUCUCGGAUAUCUUGGUUGUGUUGUUUUGCUCACCUUUCACACUGACCUCUGUCCUGCUGGAUCAGUGGAUGUUUGGCAAAGUUAUGUGCCACGUUAUGCCUUUCCUGCAGUGUGUGUCCGUUCUGGUUUCCACUUUAAUUUUGAUAUCGAUUGCCAUCGUCAGGUAUCACAUGAUCAAGCAUCCUGUAUCUAACAAUCUGACCGCGAACCAUGGCUACUUCCUCAUCGCCACCGUGUGGACACUGGGUUUCGCCAUCUGCUCCCCGCUUCCAGUGUUUCACAGUCUGGUGGAACUUCGGGAGACGUUCGGUUCAGCACUGCUGAGCAGCAAGUACUUAUGUGUGGAGUCGUGGCCGUCUGAUUCCUACAGAAUCGCCUUCACCAUCUCCUUAUUGCUCGUCCAGUAUAUUCUGCCCUUGGUUUGUCUCACUGUAAGUCACACCAGUGUGUGCAGGAGUGUCAGUUGUGGAUUGUCCAAUAAAGAACACAGACUGGAAGAAAAAGAGAUGAUCAACUUAACGCUGCAUCCGUCCAGAAAGAGUGGCAAUCAGGCCAAAGUCUCCAGCGGCCACAAGUGGAGUUACUCCUUCAUCAAAAAGCACAGGAGACGAUACAGCAAGAAGACCGCCUGCGUGUUGCCUGCUCCGGCCAGGCCGUCCAGGGAGAAGCAUUCUCCAGCCCUUGCAGAACACUCGGGCUCCGCAAGAAGCCAGCUUUCUUCCUCCAGCAAGUUCAUCCCCGGGGUCCCGACCUGCUUUGAAAUGAAACCCGAAGAGAACUCAGAUGCUCAUGAGGUGAGAGUCAAACGUUCCGUGACCAGGAUCCAAAAGAGGUCUCGCAGCGUCUUCUACCGACUGACCAUCCUGAUCUUGGUGUUCGCGGUGAGCUGGAUGCCUCUGCACCUGUUCCACGUGGUGACUGACUUCAACGACAACCUUAUUUCAAAUAGACACUUCAAGCUGGUGUAUUGUGUGUGUCAUCUACUUGGCAUGAUGUCUUGCUGUCUGAAUCCAAUUCUAUAUGGAUUUCUUAAUAAUGGGAUCAAAGCUGAUCUGAUGUCUCUCAUUCAUUGUCUUCAUCUGUCGUAAUUCUCACCGUUGAUCACGUAAAAAUUAAAUAUUGACGACUCCAUCACAGUGCUGUCUGCACAAUAAGUAGAACUAUUGUUAACACGUGGAAUUAAAUUUAUGUACAAGAGUUCUUCUGGAUUUGAAUGUCUGUUCACAAUGUGAGCGUUUCAAUGUGUUGUAAUGUAAUUACUCUGUGUAUUUGUAUAGAGUUAUCCAUCUAGGCUGUCAUUUCAUUACAAGAAUUUCAUGUGAUCUGUCAGUCAACGAAGGAUGUCUUUGUUGGAAAUAAAAGUUAAUA